CCCGCGCCUCUCGGGGACUCGGCUGCGGCGGGGCGGGGGCGGCCCGGGGGCGGCGCGCGGCUGCUCCGGGCGCCGGGCCCUCCUCGGCCGCGGCACGGCCCGGGCUCGGCGACGGCCGGCCGGAGGGAGGUUUCGGGGCGGCGGCGCCGCCGCAAGUUGCGCUGUUCGCGGCGAGGUAGUUGGUCAGCUCUGUGUGAUGAGUGCUUCCCUAGGUACUGGGGAUUCACAGCGGUGAGGGGAACAGCUGAGGUUCUUGUUGCCGAGGUGUGCACAGCCCCACCGGAGAGGGGGAGGAGAAGCCCGUAUGUGCACACAAAGAUGACAGGACCUCAGCAGUGAAGAGCAUCACGAGGAAAUCCAGGCAGCUGUGAAAGUAACUGAAGACAGAAAACAGGCCUAAAAAUAAAACCUAGAAGGAAGAAGGGAUUUGCCUACAUUUGGCUCUGAGCAGGUCCCAGCAGACACUUGGCGUUUUAUAUGAUCGGGUGCUGGGGAGCCCACUGGUUCAAAGGUCUACACAUGAAGUCAGCCUAAAGCGUUCUCACAGAAGGUGGCUCCCGCUCCGUAAAGACCUCAUCGCCGCGAGGUGAGGCUAAGAUGAGCAUAACCAGUGACGAGGUGAACUUCCUGGUGUAUCGGUACCUCCAGGAGUCAGGUUUUUCCCACUCGGCGUUCACAUUCGGUAUCGAGAGCCACAUAAGCCAGUCCAACAUCAAUGGGACUCUAGUGCCGCCGGCCGCCCUCAUCUCCAUCCUGCAGAAGGGCCUGCAGUAUGUGGAGGCCGAGAUCAGCAUCAACGAGGACGGCACGGUGUUUGACGGCCGCCCCAUAGAGUCGCUGUCCCUGAUUGACGCGGUGAUGCCCGACGUGGUGCAGACGCGGCAGCAGGCCUUCCGGGAGAAGCUGGCGCAGCAGCAACAGGCCGGCGCGGCGGCCCCAGCGGCGGCGACGGCGGCGGCGGCCCCGGCGGCGGCGGCAGCAGCGGCGGCGGCAGCCCCGGCGGCCGUUUCCCAGCAGAAUCCACCAAAGAACGGCGAGGCCACGGUGAACGGUGAAGAGAACGGAGCACACGCAAUAAAUAAUCAUUCGAAACCAAUGGAAAUAGACGGAGACGUGGAGAUCCCACCCAACAAAGCCACAGUCCUUCGGGGCCACGAGUCUGAGGUGUUCAUCUGUGCCUGGAACCCUGUCAGUGAUCUCCUGGCCUCCGGAUCUGGAGAUUCAACCGCAAGGAUAUGGAACCUCAAUGAAAACAGCAACGGGGGCUCCACGCAGCUCGUGCUGAGGCACUGUAUACGGGAGGGGGGGCAUGACGUCCCCAGUAACAAGGACGUGACCUCGCUGGACUGGAACAGUGACGGCACACUGUUGGCUACAGGUUCCUAUGAUGGUUUUGCAAGAAUAUGGACGGAAGAUGGUAACCUGGCCAGCACCUUAGGCCAACACAAAGGCCCCAUCUUUGCCUUGAAAUGGAACAAGAAGGGGAAUUACAUUUUGAGUGCUGGAGUAGACAAAACAACGAUAAUUUGGGAUGCCCACACAGGAGAGGCCAAACAGCAGUUUCCGUUUCAUUCUGCCCCUGCCCUCGACGUCGACUGGCAGAACAACACCGCCUUUGCCUCGUGCAGCACAGACAUGUGCAUCCACGUGUGCAGGCUCGGCUGCGAGCGCCCUGUCAAGACGUUCCAGGGACACACGAAUGAGGUCAAUGCCAUCAAAUGGGAUCCUUCUGGGAUGUUGCUAGCAUCCUGCUCUGAUGACAUGACCUUAAAGAUCUGGAGUAUGAAGCAGGAUACGUGUGUCCAUGACCUUCAGGCUCACAGCAAAGAGAUAUACACCAUAAAGUGGAGUCCCACCGGGCCAGCCACCAGCAACCCAAACUCCAACAUCAUGCUGGCAAGUGCUUCGUUCGAUUCUACAGUUCGACUGUGGGACGUGGAGCGGGGCGUGUGCGUCCACACGCUCACCAAACACCAGGAACCGGUCUAUAGUGUGGCUUUUAGCCCCGACGGGAAGCACUUGGCCAGCGGCUCCUUUGACAAGUGUGUGCACAUCUGGAACAGUCAGAGCGGAAGUCUCGUCCACAGCUACCGAGGCACCGGCGGCAUCUUCGAGGUUUGCUGGAACGCCCGAGGGGACAAAGUGGGCGCCAGCGCGUCGGACGGCUCCGUGUGUGUCUUAGAUCUGCGAAAGUAAACACGAAAUGUUUUAGAAACAAGAAGAGAAUUCUAACGGAGCAGCAGUGAAUGUGCGGGGUUGUAGCACUAUCCAAACACAAUUCUGUCCGCUCCAAAAAACUGUACGAACUUGACCUUAGGGUGUACUUUGAAAUCAACUCAUCCCUGGCCACAGGAGUCUCUAUUUUUUUGUAAUCUUUAUCAAGAAGUUUAAAACAAAAA